CGUAGAUGUGGGGAGUUCUGUACGAUAGAAACGCAGGAACAGGGAAGACCUCACGUGUGACCAAGCUCAAGCUCGUCUUCAGUGUCGCGUGAGCUACCCUAUACAACGUUGCUUCAAAACGGAUGUGACUUUCUAGCUGGUAACCCUGUGCGCUCACGAAGACAAACCAGGCUCACUGUCAACAUGGUCUUUGGCAAAACGCACGAUCGUGGCAGUCUAGAUGCCCAGGGUAGUGCACAGGACGGCGCCACCGGCACCGACAAUGAAAAGCAACAUGGCUUCAUGGAUAAGCUCAAGGACAAGUUCAAGGAUUCGAAUCUCCAUGAGAUGAAGGUUAGCGCGGUCCAUCUGAAGCAUCGAAUCGGGAAGUUUGGGAACCUGGUCAACCGCAACCACAGACACGACGAGGAGCAUGAGCAAAUAACAGAUGCCAAGCGAACCCGCAUUGCCGAAGGACAUCGCUUUCAGUCCUACGCACCCGAACGGGAUGGUAACUGCGUGAAGUGGUACAUUGAUGGCCGUGACUACUUUCACGCAGUUUCCGUGGCACUUGAAAAGGCCAAGGAGACCAUAUAUAUUGCUGACUGGUGGCUAAGCCCGGAGCUAUUCCUGCGGAGACCUCCGCACUAUCAACAGAAGUGGCGUCUGGACUACACUCUCAAGCGUGCCGCCGAGCGAGGAGUAAAGAUAUACAUCGUCGUUUAUAAAGAAGUCGAGCAGGCAGUGACCUGCAACAGCGCUCAUACUAAGCAUGCACUUGAAGCUCUUUGUCCAGAGGGCACUCCAGGGCACCGCAACAUUAUCGUGAUGCGGCACCCAGAUCACAACGUCUUUGAAAACGCCAGUGACAUGACAUUCUACUGGGCACAUCACGAGAAGUUCAUCGUAAUUGAUUACGACCUUGCCUUCAUUGGCGGUCUAGAUCUCUGUUUCGGUCGCUGGGAUACCAGACAACAUCCCCAGGCCGAUGCACAUCCAUCUGGUGUCGAGAGAGAGGUCUUUCCAGGUCAGGACUUCAACAAUAAUCGCAUCAUGGACUUUCAGAGUGUCGAAGACUGGAAGAGUAACGAGCUUUCGAAGGCGGAGUACGGCCGCAUGCCAUGGCACGAUAUCGCAAUGGGCGUGAUCGGUCCAUGCGUGUACGAUAUUGCAGAGCACUUCAUCCUGCGCUGGAACUUCUGCAAGCGCGACAAGUACAAGCGGGAUGAUCGCUAUGACUGGCUCACAUUGGAGGGAAGGACUGACGAAGACGAGGACUUGGUAGGGGUGCAGAGGCCGAAGCACCCUGUUGGUGACUACAUACAUCAUCCCCUGUCUCCACUCGCGCAGAAAGCUGGCAAUCCAAGGGCAAUCCACUCGGUCUCGCAUGAGCAAGACGGUACUGGUGAGGAAGAAGUAUUCCAUGAUGCACAUGAAGAGCUCGACGAGCAUGGCUAUACCCCCGAACAGCACGGAUUCGGUCAUGGUGCACAGAAGCGUCUCCAUGAGUGGCAAAGACAGCAUAGUCAUUCACAUCCAAGUGAAAUCACGUCAGACACUGCUCAGAGCCGUCGAAUUGAUCCGCGAGACGAAAACGAGCAGACAACUACUGGAAGCAAGCAGGAAAACGACAAGAUGACCGGUAACGCUCCGCAGAAGGAAGGUACGGUGAGUGCCUCUGGCGGUGUUGCGGAGAAGAAAGCCGCGUAUGCUUCUGAUGUCGCGGGCACUGGGCACAUCCAAGGCGGUCAUGGCACCCUGCAUGCUCAGCUCGUGCGAAGCUCUGCAGACUGGUCCAGUGGUAUCUUAACAGAGCAGAGCAUUCAAAAUGCCUAUUGUCAAGUCAUCCGCGACGCGCAGCACUACGUUUACAUUGAGAAUCAGUUCUUCAUCACAGCAACGGGCGACCAACAAGCGCCCAUCCACAAUUUGAUCGGCGCCGCCAUCGUUGACGCGUGCAUCAAGGCGCACUCGGAAGGUCGGAAGUUCAGAGUCAUCCUGCUUAUCCCGUGCAUACCAGGAUUCGCUGGUGACCUUCGGGAUGACGCCGCGACGGGUACCAGAGCUAUCAUGGACUAUCAGUACAAAUCUAUCAAUCGCGGAGAGCACUCCAUAUAUGGCCGCCUGAAAGCUGCGGGCAUCGACCCAACUCAGUACAUCUUCUGCUUCAAUCUGCGCAGCUACGACCGCAUCAACAAGACUCCAGCUCUCAAGGAGCAAGAAGAGAAGUCUGGCGUCAAGUAUCAGGACCUGCAACGUGCGCAUGCCGAAGAAGUCAUGCCGACAGGUGUGCAUGGCGCUGCAGGCGAAGGUACUGAAGAGCAUCCUGCCGCACCCGAUCGACCAGAACUAGCCAAAAAGCAGCAAAGCACGCAGCGAGCGUUCGAACAGAGACGUCAGGAUGUAGGCCUUGCUAAGGAGGGCAAAGACGACACUGUGCAGUCCGAAGACUCUAUUGCCAAAGAUGCCAUGCUUGGGGAGAAAAAGGUAUCGGAGGAAAACUGGGCUGGCCGUAAGCCAGGCUUAGGCGGCACGGACGAUAGAGAGAACGACCAAUUGCGGGAGCAGGAGUUAGAGAACUUCAUCUGCGAAGAGCUCUACAUACACGCAAAGUUGCUUAUCGUAGAUGACCGGAUCGUCAUCUGCGGGUCCAGCAAUAUCAACGACCGUUCUCAGCUUGGUUUCCACGACUCGGAGCUUAGCAUCGUCAUGGAAGAUACCCUUCCAUUGCCCUCGAAGAUGAACGGGCGUGACUUCACCGCAGGUCACCAUGCUGCAACCCUCCGUCGCAUGUUGUGGCGUGAGCACCUAGGCCUACUGCCCGCGCAAACGCUUGAUGCCGAAGAUGAUGUUAACGCUCAACCCCCGUCAGAUGGUGACAAUUACUGGUUCGCCAAAGAUGAGCACGACCAGCUAGUCGAGGACCCGCUGUCAGAUGAGUUAUGGCAACGGUGGACUGAGCAGGCGACGAUCAACACCAAAGUGUUUCGACAUCUCUUCCAUUGUGAUCCGGACGACAAUGUUAAGACCUUUGAGGAGUACGACCACUUCCUUGGUGUGAAAGGCAGCAGGAAAUCGGGUCAUCUCUACGAUCUAUAUCAGCCGGUCGAUCAUGCUAGGAAAGAACUCGACUCAAUCCGAGGCCACCUUGUCUGGAUGGCGCUCGACUUCCUGUGCGAUGCGGAGAUGGCAGAGAAGGGAUUGCAGGUCAACCAGAUGACGGAGAGCGUAUACACUUAAGCAAGCAGCGACCGUCCGUCACCGUGUACGACGAAUCAUUUCCGCGACUCAGUGCGCAAGUGCAGGCCUUCCUGCAUACACUGCAGCACUGGGCACAACGCUGAUGAUGCACCGAAGCACGCCUUGGGAGACCCAUAUUCACCGCUCGCUGAUUGACCUUCAUGCACUACUUCACUUGCGAGCCGCCUCUGCCACUUUUGAGAUCUUGGAGCUCAACGCU